AGUGCUUCCUGGCUGUCGCCUAACUAUGGCGGCCGCUUGUCCUGCCACUGCAGUCCCUGUGUGGCUGAGCGAGGACGACCUGAGCUGCAUUAUCUGUCAAGGGCUGCUAGACUGGCCCACCACAUUGCCCUGUGGCCACAGCUUCUGUCUCCGGUGCCUCGAUGGCCUGUGGUCCACGAAGCGCGCGGGCGUGGAUGGCUGCCCAUGGUCUUGCCCCAUCUGCCGGAAGGGCGCCACGACGAAGCCCGUGCUGCACAAGAACCCGCUGCUGCAAGACCUGGUGGACAAGUACCGCCAAGCGGCGCUGGAGCUCGAGGCUGGCCCCGAACCUCAACCCGUCCCCGCGCCGCGUUCUCUGUGUCGACCCACGCCGCCCCAGGUAACAGUACAGAAAAGCACCACAAAAAUUAUCCAGGAGCUGACUGAAAUGGCGGGACAGCUUGUAGACGUUGCCAAGAGCCUUCAAACGCAAAGACCUAGCUUGGGAUCUGGACUGGACAAUACACUAGGCAUCCUGCACACGGAUUCUUCCUCUGAGGAGGAAUUUUCCUUGGAUUCUCCAAAGCCGGUGACUUUCAGUUCAUCUCAGAAGAAAAUUCAGGAGAUUCUCCAGAAUCUAGAAGAAAUUCAGGAAAAACUGCAAGGGAGUGUCUCAUGGAGAGAAACUCCUAGAGAACAAAUCCGGGACAUGACAUCUUCCUUGUGCCUGCUGCCUGACCAGAGGUUACCCAGGAAAGCUUCUCACUUUCCCCUAUGGGCCAUCAGUCCAACCUUUGACCUGAGGAGCAUCUCCUGUAACCUGGAGGUUUCCAACAAUUGCCGGAGAGUGACUGUGGCUCAUGGUCUACACUCCUAUCCUUGGAGUCCGGAGAGAUUUUCAAUUAGCCAGGUCUUAUGUUCUCAGGCCCUCUCCUCUGGAAAGAAGUACUGGGAAGUGGACACUAGGAACUGCAGGCACUGGGCUGUUGGGGUGGCUUCUUGGGGCAUGAAGCGGGACGGGAUGCUGGGAAGGACCAUGGACUCUUGGUGUAUAGAGUGGAAAGGGCCUGGCCAGUUCUCUGCUUGGGCCAUGAUGAAGAAAACAGACUUGCACUCGGGCCUCCCUGAGGUUGUGGGCGUGUGGCUGGACCUCGACCUGGGGAAGCUUGCCUUCUCAGUGGCUGGUCAGGAGAGGCUUCUGUAUGAGUGUGCGGUCUCCAGCUCCUCUCCUCUGCAUCCUGCCUUCUGGCUGUAUGGCUUAAGUCCUGGAAACUACCUGGAAAUAAAGCAACUAAACACAUGAAGCUUCCCUCGGGGUUAGGACAGUGGCUUCUUAGCCUCUUUGUUUAGGGGCAACUGGAGAAUUCCACAUAGGGAGACUGGAUAUGGUAAUACAUGCCUAUAAACUCCAGCACUUGGGAAGUGGAGGCAGGAGGCCAGGAGGUCAAUGAAGAGAGUUCAAGGCCAGGUUGGACUAUAUGAUAUGACUGCCCAAUUUUAAAGUUAUUCUUUUGGGGGGUGGGGCAGGAUUAACUAAACAGAUUUGAUUCUUUAAACCUUAGCCUUUCAGAGAGAGAACUGGUCUGGAGUGUCUCCUCACAGUGACCUCUGAGGCCUCAGAAUAGCUUACCUAAUAAGAAGGACUUCAGACCGUUCUCUACGGCUUCAUCUGGUUCAGUCAGCCUAUGAUAUACCUACAGGACUGACCCCCCACCCCCAGUUAAAAACCUAACCCAACAGCACAGCUGGGUGAGCAUCUCUACCUAACCCAACAGCACAGCUGGGUGAGCAUCUCUACCUAACCCAACAGCACAGCUGGGUGAGCAUCUCUACCUAACCCAACAGCACAGCUGGGUGAGCAUCUCUACCUAA